GACACGCGUAAGGAAGAUGGAUUCCAGGACACAAGGACGUACAUAGAAAUAAAUCAAACUAGCUUCGUUUCCUCGACCCUGUUCAGACGCCAUUUCCAAACAUGAGUUCGUCUCACUUCUACGAUAAUAAAAGACUGAGUGAAAAAAAGAAAACGCAGGUAUGCCGUGGUGCAUUCUUGAAACGUGACUGGUCUAAAGAGCAACCUGAUUACUUCUCAAUGGACGAGUCUUCUUCACCGUUACAAUCCCCAGAGCCGGGCUGCAUCUCCGUGAAGAGCAAAAGGUCUAUAGAACAACCGCCUUCUUUUAAAAAGGAGAACUCUUCAACUUGGGCAAGAUCCCCAGAACCCAGCUGUGUGUCCAUGGAGAGCGACAUGUCUAUAGAGCAACCAGUUUCUUUCCAAAAGGAGGAAUCGAGUAAGACGUACGAAAGAGCCAAAGUGUUUACUGAAGAGUGUUUCGACAAUUUCAAGGAGGUGGAGCGUAAUGUUCAUGCCCUGAUAACGGAAGAGCUAAAUAUUGUCAGGAACAUGCUGUUUCCAGCUUACCCAGCAUGCUCCGAGAGCGAGGUGAAGGAUGAAGACAAGCAGGACAGUGUGAAGCGGGCUGUACUGAAAAUCACACUGCAUGUCCUGAGAAACAUGGAACUCCAUGACCAGGCGAACACACUACAGAGCAAAAUGAUUCCCAUGUGCCAGAAGAAAUUAAAAUCUACUCUGAAGAGAAAAUUCCAGUGCAUCAGUGAAGGACUGUCAAAACUCGGGAACUCAACACUUCUGGCCGAGAUCUUCACAGAGCUCUACAUCACAGAAGGUGAUAGCGGAGAGAUCAACAAUGAGCAUGAAGUGAGACAGAUUGAGGCCAAAGCCGUGAGAGCAGGAAGCGAAGACACACCGAUCAAAUGCAAUGACCUUUUUAACCCUUCACCUGGAACAAACAAAUCCAUCAGGACUGUCCUGACCAAAGGAGUUGCCGGAAUUGGAAAGACGAUCUCGGUGCAAAAAUUCAUCUUGGACUGGGCUGAAGGAAAAGCGAAUGAGGACAUCCACUUUAUAUUUCCACUUCCAUUUAGGGAGCUGAAUCUGAUGAAGGAGAAAACACUCAGUCUGAUGGAACUUCUUUGUCACUUUUUUCCAGAAACAUCAGACUUACAUGAUUAUGAAUCGUACAAGGUUUUGUUUAUUUUCGAUGGUUUGGAUGAAACUCGUCUUCCUUUGGACUUUCAGAACAAUGAGAUCUUGCAGGACAGAACAGAACCUGCCUCUGUGGAUGUGUUGCUGACAAAUCUAAUUAAAGGGAAUCUACUUUCAUCUGCUCUCCUUUGGAUAACAUCACGACCUGCAGCAGCUCAUCAGAUCCCCCCAAAUUGUGUUGACCUGGUUGCGGAGGUAAGAGGGUUCACCGACCCUCAGAAGGAGGAAUACUUCAUGAAGAAAAUUGCUGACCCCGGAAUAGCUAACAAAAUCGUCUCACACCUGAGAUCAACGAGGAGCCUGUAUAUCAUGUGCCACAUCCCAGUCUUCUGCUGGAUUACAGCAACUGUUCUAGAGAGAAUGUUCAGCGAAGCAGAGAGCAAGGACAUCCCGAAGACUUUGACACAAAUGUUCAUAUACUUCCUGAUUUAUCAGAGUAAGCACAGAGCUCAAAGAUACAAUCAAAAUACUGAAAUGGGUUUCCAACAAACUAGGGACAGAAUUCUCGAUUUAGGAAAGCUUGCUUUUCAGCAACUGAAAAAAGGCAACCUGAUCUUCUAUGAGGAUGACCUAGUGGAUUGUGGCAUAGACGUCAAAGAAGUGUCCGUUCACUCUGGUAUGUGCACUGAGAUCUUCAGGGAGGAGUUUGGACUCUAUCUGGGGAGGGUGUACUGCUUUGUGCAUCUCAGUGUCCAGGAGUUUCUGGCUGCUUUGUAUGUAUUCAUAACCUGCAUGUCUAGCAUCACUGAACAAUCAGAUGUUGUCAAGAACUCAGCCUUGACUGACCUCCUCAAAAAAUCAGUGAACAAAGCCUUACAAAGCAAGAAUGGACAUCUAGACCUUUUCCUUCGCUUUCUUCUUGGGAUUUCACUGAACUCCAAUCAGGCUCUUCUGCGUGGUUUAAUAACACCAUUGGAAACCUCUCAUAGCAAAGAGGAAACGGUCAUGUUCAUCAAAGAGAAGAUCAAGGAGAAUCCCUCUCCCGAGAAAUCUAUUAAUCUGUUCCACUGUCUGAAUGAAUUGAACGACCAGUCUCUAGUUGAGGAGGUCCAGAAGUAUGUGAACAGCAAAGGUGUCAAAUGUCUGUCUGGAGUUAGUUUCUCUCCAGCUCAGUGGUCAGCUCUGGUGUUUGUGAUGCUGAACUCAGAGGAAAAGUUGGAUGAGUUUAACCUUGAUAAAUAUGAUCGAUCAGAGCAGUGUUUCCUCAGGCUGUUGCCAGUCAUCCAAGCUUCUAGAAAAGUUGUUCUAUGUUGGUGCAAUCUUUCACUGACCAGCUGUAAAGAACUGACCUCUGCUCUCUGCUCGAACUCCUCAAAUGUGAGAGAGCUCGACCUGAGCUGCAACGACCUUUUCAAUGCAGGAGUCAAGAUUCUCUGCAAAGCUCUAGAAAAUCCACACUGUAAACUGAAAAGUCUAAGGCUGUGUGGUUGUAAAAUCACAGAGAAGAGCUGUGGAAUUCUGGCUUCAGUUUUAAACUCUAAUGAGAGUUUGCGAAAACUGAAUCUGAGUAACAACGCAGUGAGGGACUCAGGAAUAAAUCUGUUAUGUACUGCACUGGACAAUCCAAAGUGUAGACUGGAAACCUUGAAUUUAAGUUGUUGUAAUCUCACAAAGCAAAGCUGUGAAUUCCUAGCAUCAGCUCUCAGCUCAAACUACUCAAGUCUCAGAAAUCUGAACCUGAGCAACAAUAGUCUAAAGGAUGCAGGACUCAAGAUGCUGUCUACUCUAUACAAGAUCACAGAUUGUAAACUUGAGGUACUAAAGCUCCAGGCUUGCCAUCUCACAGAGGAAAGUUGUUCAGCCCUGGGGUUCAUUCUUAAAUCAGCUUCUUGCAGGUUGCACACACUGGACCUGAGUAACAACAAUCUGCAGAACUCCGUGAUAGACGUUCUUUCUGCUGCGAAGAUCAAUCCACAUUGCAGACUGGAGACCCUGAGGUUACAGGGUUGCAAUCUCACCGAGAAGAGCUGUUUAGCCCUGGCUAUUCUGCUCCACUCGAAACUGACACGGCUCGAUCUGGGGAACAACAAUCUGCGUGACUCAGGAGUGAAGCUGCUCUGCGAGGGAAUAAAGAACUCACAGUGCAAGCUAGAGAUGCUCAGACUGUUUCAGUGCGGGAUCACAGAUGAAGGCUGCGCGGCGUUGGUUUCAGCCCUGAUGUCGAACCCGUCACAUCUCAGAGAGCUGAACCUUGAUGGGAACAGUGUGACAGAGUCAGGCCUGAGUGUGCUGUUUGCUUUAGUGCAAGAUCCUGACUGCUCUUUGGAGAAAUUGGAAUACGCACACAUGUGACCCAGGUGGCUAACGUCAGAAACAUCGCUAGCUGAGAGCAAAUACAUAGAUUAAUUAAAUAAAAAAACUUAAUAACCAAUUAAUUAAAUAAUAAUGAACUCAGCUAGUGACUUUUAUUACACAGGAACAAUAUAGUGUACAAAUAAAUAAAAUAAUUUAUGCUAAUCAGUUCCACAUAAAUAAAUAAAAAACAGAAAAAAUCCUAAUGAUGAUGUUUCGUAAUAGGGGUUGUGAGUAACUAAAAAUGAACCAUGAGACCUUUUAGGGUGUGUUGUGUGACUAAACUUUACCACCGUUAUCUUCUGAAACGAAAAUGAAAGACAAAACAACAACAACAACAAAAACUGCGCACUUUAGUGUCAAAUGUGUUGAGUUUGUGUUUCAUGUAAUCUUUUGUCUUGUAACACUACGAGUCCACACAUUUAAUGUGCUAUGAUUCUACCAACCAAAAGAUGAUGAAAUGUUCACACUUAUUCCAGCAACACACCAGAUACACUCGGAACUACACGCACUACUGGCAAUUAACUGUUAAACUCACUGCCCUUAACCGUCCACUAGAGGGCACUAGAUAGGUUGCUAGAAAAAGAAACUAGGCACGAAAAGAGGAUAUAGAAGAGAGAGAGAGAGAGAGAGAGAGAGAGAAGGAAGGAAGGAAGGAAACAGAUACUGUCUUUGUUAUCACCACAGCACAAAAAUGCUGUCUUUUUUAGUGUUAAACUUGAGCUUGUCUUGAGGAGCUCAUUUGAUUUGCCCCAUGGACACUUUCCUACUGCCCCAGUGGUAGAACGAUGGGUUCUAACCGUACAGUAGUUUAGGAUUUUUCUUCCUGUCUAAUUUUUCCUUCCAUAUAUAUAUUUCAUUCUAUUCUUGUAGUAAAUACUAAAUGUUAUAGGUUAAAGUUAAGUUAAAUACACAGCAAGGUUUUAAUACUGAAGUCAGAACCAUAUAAUAUACAUAAUUAUGACACUGUUUAUUAAUUAAAUAAUUAAUUAAUAAUUAAAUUCCUUUAUAUUGCUUGAAUAGAUUUUCCAUCAGAGCAUACACAUCUAAAUCAGAGACAGAGACAGAACAUGAGAAUGAUUUUCACCAGGAGAAGAAAAGAAAAAAGGAACAAGCUAGACCUGGAUCAACAAGAUCACGCAGACAGGAUCAAGCUAUACCGCUUGUGCAUUUAUUUUUUGAAUGGUUGUAAAUGUACAUAAUCACACCAAAGCUUCCAGUGAGAUGUCGUCUUCUAGCGGACACAAUAUUAGCAAAGUCUACAACACAAAGCGUUGAGAGAAAGUCUCUACCCUCUCUGCAGGACAACUGUGUAACACUUGUUUAGGGUUAGUUUAUAGUUUACGGUAGUGCUAGUUUGUAGAUUAGCCUGGCUAACUAUCAUGGUGUAGUAUGUUUUUUUUGUAGUGCUAACUUGUGUGCUAGUCGGUUUACUACACACCACUAAUAGAAUUCCAUGAUAUUCCACUGAAUGGUUAUCAUUUUGUAACUCACCCUCACUACCCUUGCACUGUUUCCCUCCACACUUGGUUCAACAGCAAUAAUUUGCGUAAGCUUUGAAUUAAUAGCUGUGCCUUAGCAUUUUUACUGAUGUUAAUAAAGAGCUUUAGGAUUCUAUUAGCUGUUGCUUUGGUUAGCAUUAGCAUGACCAGGCACGUUCGCAAUAGAUUGUGAAUUUGGGGCAGCCAAUGGCGAACACCAGCGUGAUAAUUCUGAGACAGAAGUGUGAACUUAUUUCACACUGCGCUGCUGAUCAUGUGGGCAGAGUGAAGACGAGACGCAAUUUACUUUUCUUGUUUAGUCGCGGAGGAGUCUGAAGAUAUUUCAUUUUUACGAACUUAACUUUUUAAAUAAUUCUUUUGAUCGUGUAAACCUGCUUUGCGACAAUGACAAUUGUUGAAGCACUAUACAAAUAAAAUUAAACUGAAUUGAA